AUGAUGACUGACAAGCGAAAAAUGCGGCUGUGGGCCAAGCGAUUGCAUAUUGCCUUCAGGGCAUACCAUGAGCUCCUCAUGAACAUUGUUUCGAUGUCGUGCCAACGAGAUCAGACAAUGCAGUCAGCUGCGAGGAUCCUUAAGAGCAACAUUUUCUAUCAACCGGAGUUUCGUGACAUGCUUCCGAUUCAUCUGCACCGGUUCAGUCGGGCGAAGUUUUCAGUAGAUUACCUGAAAGAUCUCGUCGAGACGAACCAUGUGUACCUGAAACUGCUGGAAGAUUUCACGAAAGUACAUUCGAAAAUCGUAAUUCAGAAGAAAAUUCGAUCGAAGAAACAGAAGAAAAAGCGAGAUACGAAGAAGGAAACGGAAGAAUCCCGCCAAACUCGCCUUGAAGAAGAAUGGGGAACCCUGAGCGGAAUUUUCCCGCAAGUGUUCGAAGGCAUUUCCGAAUCCGAGUUGGAAGACGUGAUUCCUUUCGAUUUGCUGUUGACGGAAGAGGAAGAGAAAAAAGCUGAUGCGAUUAAAAGAAUGCAAUCGGCCCUGCGGAAAGUGGAUUCUGGUGGAUGUUUGGAAGCGCUAAGCUUGUUGCGUUCAGUGAGGCUUCUCAUUACUGACGGUACUUUCGGUCCUCCUGAAGUCAAAAUGACUUCGGACGACGAAGUGCGUCUGUUGCGGGAAAUGUUCUUUGCGAACAUCGGUACCCAUGCGGAAGAAGAAGAAGCCAAAGAGUCCGACAAAGAAGACGAGGACAGUGAGGAAGAAGAAGAAAUGAAUGAACGCGUUGUAGAAAAAGAACUCGAGUUCAAAGACUUCGUCGUCAGAUAUGCGAAUGCGAAGGUGGUCGAAAACUAUUCAUUUCUUCUGAAGUCGUACGAGCAGAAUUCCGCCCACACGAAUCAUUGCAUCGUUAAGAUGUUUCAUCGCCUGGCGUUUGACAGCGGACUUGCACCAGUUCUAAAUUGCGGAGCUGCUCUGCGUUUGCGUGCCGAGUAUUUGGAGAAGAGUUGCUUGCACGGCGUCGGAUUCGACUUGGUCCCGGAUGCAAAGUUCUUUGGAGAAGGUUUUGGAUUUUCAACGGACAAGACGACCCUGAAAGAGAGAAAGAAGUUACUGAAACGAAUGGAACGAGAAAAGAAGUACCAAGAACGGAAAGCGCGAAAAGUUUCUGAUAAGACCAAGCAAAAUAAAUCCGCGAAGGCGACGGUGAAAAAGUCGACGACCUUCAAGAGCUCUGAAUUCAUCGACUCCAACGACAGUUCAAGCGACGAUGAAUCAGCUCUGCAACGUAUUUUGGGCAGAGCCGCCGGUGUCGAAGCCACGACACACGCCGACGAGGAGCGGGAUGAAAUUUUUGGAAAAACCAGCGCCGACGUUGAACGUUUGUCGUCUGUCUCUUCAAACGAAUCGUCAAGUGACGACGUCGACAGCGACAGAAAAGCUGGCAACUCCCGAGUCGGCGAAAGAAGCAGAAACAAGGAGGCGUGGAAGCGGGCUCGAAGACUAAUGUACAGCAACUCUGAUGACGAGGCCCAGUUGAUUUUGGAUUCCUCAGCCAAGAGCGGAAACCUUGAUGAAGAAAAAGAUUCAACUGACGAUGAAGGAGAAAACGAAGCAUCUUCAGAAAGUCGGAGAAAAAUUGCUGAUAAGGCACCCAAACCUGUGAUAGGAGCAGAUCCUUUUGAUGCAUUGAUGAAAGCGUCGAAAUCGCCGACAUCAUCCGGAAGAGUUCGGAAUUCGUCCAGCUCAGAAGGAGAAGUCCGAGUUGUCCCGAAUGAUGACGAGGAUGAUGAAACAAGUCGGUCACCAAUGCGGAAGCGACGUAGAACCGUGUUAAGUUCAGACGAAGAGGAUGAAGUGAAUGAGCCACGUGACGAUGGAGGCGAAAAACUAUCCACCGUCAUUGGUGAUGAGGAAAGCAAUGAUUCCGAUGAUGAUGAUGUUGUUGGUUUUAGGAGGAAAAGCAGAAUGCGAGUCGAAUCUGACUCGGAUUGAGGCGCGUUUUUAUACGUUUCGGUUUUAUUUUUCACGUUUUGCUGAGCAGAAUUUUUUCACAUUAUUUUAUGUGAGAUGACUCAAACAUGGCGUGCAAGUUACUAUUUUUCAAAGGUUUUGUAAUCACUCUCUGGGGUGUUGGAAGUGUGAAGUUUUUAUCUGAAAUUUGUGAUGGCAUUUCCGGAUCAGAGUUUUGCUCCUGCCUGUUCAAUGUCCAAUUCAAGGAUCAUAUGAUUGUCUAUUCCAAUGUUCCCCAACCUGUUGCCUGACUGGCAAAUUCCCGUGAAAUUUUCUGCAGACCAGCAAAUUUUCUUAAAAUUUGUGAAGACUGAAAAAAAUUGUGCUUGAAAAUCUUCAUGGCAGGUAUUUAGAAAGUUUCUGCUUAUUCCGCAAUGAUAAACUGAAGAACCCAUGAAGCAGAUGCAGUGGAAUGUCUUCGGAAAUUAGAAAGGUGUGCUUGUAGAAAGAUUUCUCAGAAUAAAAAAUUUAAAAAAAUUUAUUUUAGCGGGUGAAUAUUUGUCUGAAGAAUUACAGUAUUAUAAGAAAAGCCAGCAUUCAUUUUUCAUGAAAUAAUUGUAACCGCCAUUGUUGACAAAAUUUCAGAUGAAGAUACUGUGAUGACCCUCAUUGCUUCUUUCAAUAAAUGUAUUAUGCCGGUGGAAAUUUCCUGUGGACUGGCAAAAAACUUCUGCAGAUCUGCGCAGGUCCAAAAUACUGUACACUGUUUUAUUCCAUUUUGAUUUGGUGUCUGAAAUGAAAAGGGCCCUGAAAAUAUUCAGGCGACAUUUAUUGCGGAAAAUUUUUAGUAAAAUAGUGGAGUCUAGGAUGUUGAACUCGUGCUUGUGGAAAAAGCCGACCAUGUUUCCACCAACCUGUUUUGCUUGUCAACUCU